UAACAAAGACAUUUUAAAUUAAUGUUAAGAAUGUUUCCAAAUAAUUGAGCUGCUCUAUUGAUUGGUAAAGUCAAUAUUGAGAAAAAUUGACAGCUCGUACCUCUAGGGUGGUGUGGAAAUUGAGCAAAUUAUUCAAGUUUACAAAGACGAACGCUACGCUGUCUUGGCAAAUUCAACCAAUAAGUACACUUUAAAAUAAAACUUUUUUUUUAACGACGAAUUUAAAUUACAAAUUUUUUAUGACAGGGAAACACAAUGACGAAUAGUGAAACUUCUCCUAAAUCUUGAAAAUUUGUGAGAAAUGACUACCUGACACCUAGAAUCCAGAAUGACCGAUUAAAAAUACACAUCCUGGAAAAUAAAUUAUAAUACUAAUUAAAAUCUUUAUAAUAAUAGUAUACCUACUUAGAAAAAGAUCAAAAUCAAUUAUCGCGCUUAAAAUAGAUUAAUUAUUGUUGCAGCUAAUAACCGCAAGCAGGUAAAUAUCCCGUCUCGCUAUAUUUCGAAAUAUCACAAUAGUAGAUAUCAAAUAAUAAAAUAAAUAUUUCAGGUUUUGGUUACAUUUAGCUUAGAUACGGAUUUUAUCAGGUAAGUAACUUUUUCGAUAAGGAUUUUGACGCGAAUAGAAAUUCAUUGAAAACGUACCAGUAACACUUUUGAAUGUUAGGUGAGCUGACCAUUAUUCACACACAAAAAAAAUGCAUUUUUUCUUAAAAUUCAUUAGCGUGAUUGCUUUUAGUGUUUGCGUUCAUGCAUCUAUUCCAGACUUAGCCACAAAUGAGUCGUUUUCAUUAGAAGAAGAACAAAAUUUCCGGCCUCCUCAUUUCACUUUGCCCAUUUACAAAGCUACCUUAGUUAACGAUAAAAUCGCAUUUUUGGAUGGUCCGGUUAUAAUGGAUAAUGCAAAUGAUGGAAUGUAUUUCAUUAUAACUUCUGAUAACUAUGAAGAUUACUCCAUUCAUUUAGCAGAUACAAACAAAACAAUCCAAAAAGAACUACAGCUUGAAAUGAUUUCAAGUCUUCCUUUGACCAGGGAAUUUGACGUAAUCAUCCUGGAAGCUCUGGACGAAGACUUGGUGCCCGUGUCCAGAACAACGGUUUUGCUGUUCAACUCCGACAUGAGUUUCGACAUGUACAGGAUGACUUUCAAAGUGGACAGUCAGGAAUACAUUAUUUUGAAUUUCUUUUAUUUCAAGUGCUUUUUGACCCUAUUAACUGUUACAGGUUUAUUGAUUCUUUUUAUAGAGUUGCACGAGAUUGUUAAAAAUGUUAAAGCUGCUAGGAAAAAUCAUAAAUAUCAGACUUUGGAAAAUAUAUGAGGAUUUUAUCGAA